AUGGAAAAGCUACCGGUUGAAAUCUUUGAUCUCAUCUUGGCUCAUUUAACAUUAACAGAUUGGAAAUGUUUACGUUUAACAAGUCGAACAAUUUAUGCGCGUCUUUCGUCAUUUUCAUCUUAUUCUCGUUUACAUUCCAUGAUUCUUUCGCCAAAAUCAUCGGCUGGUUUAACACUUUUUGAUAAAUUUACAUCAAUGGAAGGUAUUGAUCAUUUAUCAUUAUCAAGUUUUAAUUAUACAGAACUUAAUACAUUUCUUCAAACAUCAGAAUCAUUGCGUUUAUGUUUUAAUCAAUUAACUAGUCUAUCAUUUGCACGUUCGACAUCAUUAAUUGAUUCACGUAUGUUUUAUGAAUUACUAUCACAUUGUAAAUCAUUAGAAAAACUUGACUUAAGUAAUUAUAAAUUCUUUUUUUUAUCACAUAAUUUUUCGCAAAAUUCAAAUAUAUAUCCAUCAAUUAAAAAACUUAAUUUAAGUGGGAAUACACAUCUAUCCGAUUAUGCAUUCAAUCGUCUAGUGAAAUCAUUUCCAAACAUUGAAGCAUUACAUUUACUUGAUAUUCCAUUACGUUCAUCUAUCAGUACAAAUGAAAAUCGUACAUUUCUUACAUUUGAAAAUGUUUGUUCAUAUUUUCAACAAAAUCAAGAACGUUUUAAAGCAUUAGCAAUAUCAUUUGAUCCAUCGUUAUCUUGUGAUACACAAAUAAAACGUUUAUUUAUUCAAAGUCCACCAAAAUUAACUUAUUUUCAUAUUGAUGGAACAUUAAAUGUUUCAACAUUAUUUCAUUUUCUUCUUGUUUUUGAUAAUAAGUUGGAAACAUUAAUUGUUGGUCGUCUUAAACUGGAUCCUACAGGUUGUCAGCCUCUAUUUGAUGCUAUUAGUCAAUAUGCAUCUAAUUUAAAACAAUUAUGUGUCUUUUUAAAUACGCCAUUAAAUUUGUCUGCAGCUCAGCAACAAAAAAUAUGUUUUCCAGUGUGCAACCAAUCAUCAGAUAUAUCAUUAUCAACAUUGAAACAAUUAAAUGAUCUUGAUAUACAAACAUUAUAUCCAUUAACCGAUGCAGACAUUAUACAUUUACUUAGAAAUGAUUUUAAAAAUUUGAAAAAAUUAGCAUUACCAAGAAAUACAACAGAUGAUGUUAUUAAACAGCUAUGUACACAAUCACCAUUUGUUUUAUCGUUAACACAUUUGAAUUUAAGUAAUUGUUCAUCAUUAUCAAAUCGUUCAAUCUUAUUAAUCAAUAAAUAUCUUUUGUCAUUGGAAGAAUUAACAAUAAACUAUAAUAUUAAUAUAAAUGAUUUUGCAUUUAUUGGCUUAUCAAUAUGUGGUAUUGGCAAAUCCAUUGAAUGGCUUAGUGAAACAUUAAUAGAUCGACAAUUUAUUGAUGAUUUACCAAUAUGGACAUAUACAAUUACACAUCAAACAUUAUGUAAAUGUCAAUUACCAACAUAUCUAUCAUCGUCAUGCAUUAAACUUCGUUUAAAAGAUUUUAGUUUCGAUGAUGAUGCACAUUCUGAACGAAUAUUACGUAUGUUAACUGAACAUAAAUUAUUUAAUGAAUAUUUUUAUUCAAUCAACAAAUUAAAUCGUUUGAAAACCCUUAAAUUACGUCAAUGUAUACGAUUAACCAAUCGUCUAUUUCGUUUUGGUUUACGUUCAUUACCAAGUUUAAAAUAUUUAGAUCUAAGUUUAUGUGAAAAGAUGAAUGACAAUAAUUUAUCGUUGAUCGGACAAGCUUGUCCAUCAAUUGAAAUCAUUGAUUUAAGUGGUUGUCAUAGAAUAACUGAAAACGGAAAACAGAUGAUAAAAAAUGUUGCUAAAAGAAAAAAAUCAGCUAGUAAACACUUAUUUUUAAAAGCAUUUAACAUGGUGAAAGUAAUGAUAAGUAAUGUCAAUGUUCAUAAUAACCCAGCAAAAUUCUUAUCAAAUUAUACAUUUGAAAUUAAAUUCGAAUGCUUAGAACAAUUAACACAAGAACUUGAAUUUAAACUUGUCUAUGUUGGUGAUGCAAAAGAAGAUAAACAAGAUCAAGUACUUGACGUUGUUGUUAUUGAUGCUGUCGCUCCAGGAACAUAUAAAUUUGUAUUUGAAGCGCCACCUCCAGAUCCAAAAAAAUUACCAAAUGAUAGUGAUGUUGAUGUAUCAGUUAUUCUUCUUUUGGCUUUGUAUCGAAAUCAAGAAUUUGCACGUGUAGGAUAUUAUGUCUUCACUGAAUACGAUGAUCCGGAAUUACGAGAAAAUCCACCAGUUAAAGUUGAUUUUGAAAAAUUAAAUCGAAAUAUUGCAGUUGAUGAACCUCGUGUAACAACGUUUCCAAUUAUAUGGGAUGAACAACAAUCAACUGAUCAACUUGUCUUUGCUGAAUUAACUGAAGAAGAAAAGAAAAUGGUUGAAAUGAAUGAUGAAAUUGAAAUAUGCCAAAGUUUGGAAAAUGUUAAUUGUGCAAAUGAAACACCAGCUGAACCAAUUGAAUCAAAAAUUUCAAACGAAACCAUGGAAUCAAUUGAACCAGAACUUGCAAAUGAUGUAAUGGAAUCAACAGAGCCUAAACUCACAAACGAAGAAGUGGAAGCAACUGAACCCAAGCUUUCAAACGAAGAAAUGGAAGCGGCUGAGCCUAAACUUGUGAACGAUGGGAUCGAAUCUACUGAACCUAAAGUAGCAAACGAAACAAUGGAAUCUACCGAGCCUAAACUAGCAAACGAAACAAUGGAAUCUACUGAGCCUAGGCUAGUAAACGAAACAAUGGACUCUACUGAGCUUAAGCUGGCAAACGAAAUAAUGGAAGCCACUGAAACCACGCUUGCAAGCGAAACAAUGGAAGCCACUGAACUGAAACUUACCAACGAAGAAAUGGAAGCAACUGAGCCUAAACUUGUAGACGAAGUUAUGGAAUCCAAUGAAUCGAAAAUUGCAAAUGAAGAAAUGGAAUCAACUGAACUUAAACCAACAGACGAAACUAUGGAAGCAACGGCGGAGACCAUAGAACCACAAACAACAAGCGAACCAAUAGUACCAACUGAACCAACGAGCUCAAUGGACUAA